GCAUUAACCCAUAGCCUCCGGCAAUAACAUCCAACGCGCAUUCGAUACAACCGAGGGACAGAUCCCACAGAUAUCAUCAGUUCCUUGAAUUUUCUGUUCUAAUUCCGUAAUCCGUAUGGCGAAUCCGUCGACGAUCCCGCUGCCGGCGGCGACAGCUUAUCCGCCGCUGACGACUCCGGUGGCCGUGAUAAGCCCCCAGUACUGCGCGCCGUACCCCGUGGAUCUGAGAAUCACCAAGAAGCUGAUGACCCUGGCCGAAGGCGGGUUCGCCGUCACUGACGUCAACGGCACCCUCAUGUUCAAGAUCAAAGGUUCCGUCUUCAGCCUUCACGAUCGCCGCCUCCUUCUUGACGCCGCCGGGAAUCCCGUCAUCUCCUUCCACCAAAAGCUGCUUUCGGCGCAUAGAAAAUGGUAUGCGUACAGAGGAGAGAGCUCAGAUUCGAAGGAUCUACUGUUCACGGUGAAGAAGUCGUCGGUAAUCCAGCUGAGAACUCAACUGGAUGUCGUGUUAGCGAGAAACGACGCGUCGGAAAGCAGCUGCGAUUUUAAGAUAAAAGGAAGCUGGAUGGAGAGAUCGUGCACGAUUUACCUUGGGGACGGCUCCACCAUAAUCGCUCAGAUGCAUAAGCAGCAUAAUUUGCAGAGCAUCGUGUUUGACAAAGACACGUUCGGAGUGACGGUGUAUCCGAACGUGGACUACGGCUUCAUAGUGGCGCUGGUGGUCAUUCUGUAUGAGAUCAACGAGGACAGAAGCGGCAACGAUUAAAAUUACAACCACAACCCAUCUCUCUCUCCCACGUGUAAUCUAAUGAAUCACCUAAUUUACCUACGCUUAGAUUUGGACUUUUCUUUUCUUUUCUUUUAAUAUGUAAUUUAAAUGUUGUUGUGCUGUUUCUACGAAUUUUAUAUAUGUUUAGGAUCUUGUCUUGAGAUGUGUAGGGGUUGAUUUGGUUGCACUCCAUCGAUAUAAUAAUGUUGUUACUUUUUUCUUAAACCUUGAAUCAAAGUCGUGUAGCUUACAUUAGUGUCAA